AUGCAAGAUGAUGGUAACCUCGUGUUUUAUAAUUCAAGAUCUGAAAUCAUUUGGGAAAGUUUUGAUUACCCUACCGAUACCAUUCCCGGCGGCCAAAAUUUGAGAUCUGGAGUUGAUCUUAACUCUUUCGGAAAAAGGUUACAUUCUUUGAAUGGAGAAAACGGAUUAUCUGUUCAGGAUAGCAAUGGUUUAGUGUCAACAUCAUCUCUCAGUGUAACCAAUAUUCCAACAACGGUAAGAUCUCCAGAGCUACACAGAAUUGGUCAUUUCUCGGUGUUUGAAGGCCAUCCAAGAUGGAAUAAAUCAACCUUAACUUACUCAAUGUCUACCAAUUUCAUCAUAGACUACAUAAACCAAAAUGACAUCCUUAUGGUUCUUCAAUCAUCAUUCGGCAGAUGGUCUUCUGUGGUUCAAUUGAACUUCACAGAAACAAAAGCAUAUGACAGCGCCGACAUAAAGAUAGGGUUUUACUAUGGAGACCACGGUGAUGGUCUUCCAUUCACACGAGGAACCUUGGCCCAUGCUUUUGAGCCGGAAAUUGGUAUGCUUCAUUUUAAUGCCGAUGUAGUUUGGUCAGUAGAUUUCAAAUUGGAGAGAAGAAAGGACGCUAUCGAUUUAGAAUCCGUAGCAACUCACGAAAUAGGUCAUCUCCUUGGGCUCAAUCACUCAGCAGAUCCUGACGCCGUCAUGUUUUGGAGUAUCCCUCGCCGAACCAAGAAAAGGGACCUUACGGAAGAUGACGUCCUAGGAGUUCGAACCCUGUACAGAGCAAAUCUAAACUAUCGCCUAGACCACCAUGCUUCUUCCGUUGACAACUCGCCUGAUGAAGUGCGAAAAGAGGAUCAUUGUGAUAAAAUUAUAGAUCCUGCUGAGUAUACUCUUGAUAAUUUCUUUAAGAAUUAUUACAUCGCUAUUAUGAAAAGUAACGUGACUAAAUGGGUUAUUCGCAUAAGAAGAGUAGAUGGUAUCACUGAAGAUGAAAAAAUUAUGCAAGAAGUGGAUUGGAAUUCAAACUCUAAUCGUGCUGCUCGCAAAUCCAAUGAUUCUAGUUGGAUUAAUUGCCCUGUCAUCUUGGAGGGGUCCUUUGUAUCUGGUAAAGCUGCGGAUGGUGCUGACAAUCCUCUGCCCGAAGAUUUCCCUCUUUACCAACCUUGA